AGCUCGAUAAUGCAUUUUGCUUUGGCCCUAAUAGUUGCUGUUGGAGUACACGGAGUCGCCGCUGAGGACGAGUGCGUUCGCAUUAUACGUGAGUAUUAUGAAGACGAAUAUGAAGAGUUAGCAGCGGAACCCAUGAAAAAUCCAGGAUUCCACCGCUACGGAUAUAUGCUGCCAUGUGGAGGCAUUGUUACUUCUGUCGAGGCUCGCGGGUUCUGUGGCAGACCCGAAAAUGUUGAAAUGCGAUUGACAAGUGGUGUAAGAGCAAAGCAUAGUUAUCAUGAUGUGACUAGUCGAAUAUUAGUGCCCGCAAAGUGCAACAAAACCGCGAUGGUUGACAAUAAUUACGAAGGGUACGUCAGCGCCACCGGUCUAAACAUCACUGUCCCUCGCAGUGGUACACUGGUGGUGCACUUGAACCUGGAAUGUUCAAUUGGUGAGGCAAAGUGUUACUUUCAGCCAGCAGUUAUAAAUGAAACCAGC